CUGGGGUAUAAUGUACCCUAGGAGAAAAAGCCAGAACUUGUAAAGUUCGUCUUGAUAUGCAGCCUCCAUCUAGCUAAAAGAGCCAUUUAUCUGAGUGAUCCAUGCUUGAAGUAUACGGAGCACGUUGAGUUGUCCUCUCCGGUAGGUAUUGAUGCAGUUGUCCCUCUUGCCCUUGAGUGUCCAUGUAUAAGGGUCAAUUGCCGCCAUGGAAGUAUUCAUGUUUCUCUCCUUCCAGUUUUUCAUUUGAAUGAAAAAAAAAUGAAAAUGAAAAUGAAAAAAAAAUUUGAAUAUGGCACAGCCUGGUUGGCCUUUACAUACUGGUUGGACUGGAUCCAGUGACGGUCCAGACUUCGGUGGCCUGGUUGGCACAAAAGCAGGAUUCAGAAUUAGUCAUUUGUCAUCUCUCAACCUCUCUCGAAGCGUGAGACAGGUGUUUCUUUUUGAGGACGACGUCCAAAUUAAGGGCGGCAACCCACUUUAUGCCACGAAAAAGGAAAUUGAAAGGUCCAUUAUUUCAGUUUUCGCCUCCACUUUGAUGGGAGACAAUCUCUGGGAUGGCGUUCUGUCACAGGGCUUUAGCCUUCUGGCAACAUCACUCUCCCUUUCAACGGUAUUAUUAGCCCCAGACGAAACCGUAACAUCGCUCGAAACUGGGCUCAAAGAGGGUGACCCCAACUUGCUUAUUCCGGACUCAUUGGCGUAUACAAAACUGCCCGAAUCUCCAGGAGCAGUGAACGGGGGAUUCCCCUGGCCCAGCGAGCGAAACCAUAUGAACCAUAACUCUUCUCGUCAGACUCCGUUGGCAGAUAUCUGGGGAAAUCCCUUCAUCGGUUGCCUGGCGUUUGUCCCCUUUGCGAGGUCGCAAAGCGAUAUCGGUGUUCUCGAGGAACUCACAGAUGAGCAGAGCGUUUGGGGAGGCAAGCCAAACGUCGCAUUGGAUGAUAAUUUGUUCUUUUCACAGCCCAUUGGCACUGCUGUCGUCCGCUAUGACCAUGUUGAUUUCGAUGAUUCGAUAAGUAGUAGGGUCCAUGGGACGAUCCAAUUGCGCUAA